AUGUUUACCAAGUUCAGGCCACCAGUACGGCAAUUGACAGGGGUUUUCAGAAGCUACAGCGUGAAAUCAAAAGUGUGGUUGCCACCAAAGACCUCCCGAUACUUAAUAAUUGGUGUAGUUUUUUUGGGAGGUGGAAUUGCAAUAGGAACUCACAAUGGUCGCAGUACAAAUGGGAAAGACUUUUCUACAACCCCUUUAUCCACAUUAGAUUCCCCAGUAUAUGCUACUGAGCACGAGUUUCAAACUGGUUUAGCAAAGAUUGCUAAUCUUGUUGGUGCUGACAAUAUUUCAAGAGAUAAAAGAACUUUACAAUCACAUAAUGAUUCAUUCUUUUCAACGCACCAUCCACCUAACCCUGAAGUCCAAGCUCCUGGGGCUAUAAUUUACCCCAAUUCUACCAAUGAAGUUUCUGAAAUUUUGAAGAUUGCCAAUAAGUUCCGAAUUCCAAUAGUUGCAAAUUCCGGUCUAACGUCUAUUGAGGGUCAGAACAUUCAUACUCGAGGACCUUAUAGUAUCUCCAUAUCGUUUCAAAGAAUGAAUAAUAUCCUCGCUUUCCAUCCCAAAGAUUUAGAUGUUGUUGUUCAGCCAGGUGUUUGUUGGCAGGAUCUCAAUGAGUUUUUAAGUUCUAAUCCUGAAGGCAAGCACUUAAUGUUUGGACCAGACCCUGGACCUGGGGCAAAUAUUGGUGGCAUGGUUGGGACUAGCGCUUCUGGCACUAAUGCUUUCAAAUACGGAACUAUGAAGGAAAAUGUCGUGAAUUUGACGGUAGUUUUAGCUGAUGGCACGGUUAUCAAAACUAGGCAAAGACCAAGAAAAUCCAGUGCUGGUUAUGAUUUGACAAGAUUGUUUAUUGGUAGUGAAGGAACACUUGGGUUAGUCACCGAAGCCACGGUAAAGUUGCAUGUACGGCCUAAAUAUGAAUUAGUUAGUGUUGCCUGUUUUUCAACUAUCAAAGAGGUAGCUGAAAUGGCGCUGGAUGUGAUCGCUCAGGGAGUCCUGCCUAACGCAAUGGAAAUAUUGGAUGAAACGAUGAUCAAAUUUGUCAAUGAGUCAACAUCAAAAAAGCAGUUGGAAAGUCCAACUUUAUUCUUCAAAUUGGGUGGAUCCACUAAGGAUUCAAUUUUAGAACAAUCAAAAAUGAUUCAAAAUAUAGGCUGGAAACACAAGAUGUUGGACUUUAAGACUAGUUCAAGUGAAGAGGAAAAUGACGAAUUGUGGUCGGCCAGAAGAAACGGAUUUUGGUCAACUUUUGAAUAUGGGAAAAAGAUUCUACACGAUGCCAAUGAUGUUCAAGGAUGGGGUACAGAUAUAGCUGUGCCUAUCUCUCAACUAGCUAAAGUUAUCUCUCAGACAAAUGAUGACUUGAUAAGUUCUGGUUUCAACAAGAAAUUUUCAAUUAUGGGACAUAUUGGAGAUGGGAAUUGCCAUUUUUUGAUACUAUAUAACUCGCCAGAUUAUUACAAAGUCAAAGUUUUGGUUGAUAGAAUGGUGAACAGAGCAAUUGAGGCUUCUGGUACUUGUAGCGGUGAACAUGGUAUUGGUGUCGGGAAGAGAAGAUAUUUGGCAACAGAAUUAGGUGAAACAGCAGUUGAUCUAGCAAGAACCAUUAAAUUGAGCCUAGACCCUAAUAGGAUUUUGAAUCCAGAUAAGAUUUUUAUGAUUGAUCCACAAGAUGAUUUGGAUAACCAGCUCGACGAGGGGAGUCUUCUUAACAAUACUAGCUCUGGCUGCAAUCAUCAGCACUGA